AUGCUUAGAAGCUCUUAUCAAAAUGAUAAAAAUAGUUGCGUUAAUAUUAAAGUAAUAGUUCGGUGCAGACCUUUAAAUGAGAAAGAAAAAAAUGAUAUAAAUAAUGAAGAGGUAGUUAAAAUUAAUAAUAAUGAAGUUAUAUUAACAAUUAAUAGAAAUAACGAAAUUUAUGAAAAAAAAUAUAGUUUUGAUUAUGCUUGUGAUAAAAAUGUUGAUCAAAAGACAUUAUUUAAUAAUUACAUUUUUCAAAUCGUUGAUGAGGUAGUAGAAGGGUUCAACUGCACAUUAUUUUGCUACGGACAAACCGGAACUGGAAAAACAUAUACCAUGGAAGGAAAAAUUCUAGAGCACUUAAAAAAUAAUGAAAAUAAAAAAGUAGAUUUAAACGAUAGUAUAAAUAGUGAUAUAAAUUAUUAUUACGAAUUGUGUGAUAAUGAUGAUACUGGAAUAAUUUUUAGGGUAGCAAAAAGGAUAUUCGACAUACUAAAUAAUAGAAAAGAAAAAUCAAUAAAAAGAGAAAGAGGAUUAUAUGAAACUUAUAAUUAUAAUGAUCAAAAUGAUAAUAUAAAUAUUGAAAAUAAAAAAAAAGAACUUAAACAAUCUGACAUUACAAGAUUUGAAAAAAUUACAGAUAUAUAUGAUAGAGAAAAAAGAAAAGAUACAAAUAGUCCUAUCUUAUCAAAUAGAAAUAAAAUAAUUGAAGAAGAAAAUAAAUCUGCAAAUAAAAAUUAUAAUAAUAUUAAUGAUAUGAUUAUGAGCAAUAGUAAUAGUAGUGAAAAAAGUAGUUUUGAUUUUAGUAUAAAAGUAAGUUAUUUAGAAAUAUAUAAUGAAGAAUUAUGUGAUUUAUUAAGCCCAGCCUCUGAAACUAAUCAUAAAUUAAGAAUAUAUGAAGAUAUCUCAAAUAAAAAUAAAGGUUUAAAUGUAGAUAAAUUAGAAGAGAAAUGUAUAAAUUCAUUUGAAGAAAUAUAUUAUAUUAUAUGUUCUGCAAUAAAAAAAAGACGAACUGCGGAAACAGCUUAUAAUAAAAAAUCAAGUAGAAGUCAUUCAAUAUUUACAAUUACAUUAAUUAUGAAAGAUUUGAAUAAUGAAGGAGAAAGUAUUACAAAAAUUGGAAAACUUAAUUUAGUUGAUUUAGCAGGAAGUGAAAAUGCAUUAAAAAGUUCAUAUGGAAAUAUAAAAAUAAGGCAACAAGAAUGUUGUAAUAUUAAUCAAUCUUUACUUACAUUAGGUCGAGUUAUAAAUGCAUUAAUAGAAAAUUCAUCAUAUAUACCAUAUAGAGAUUCAAAAUUAACAAGAUUAUUACAAGAUUCUUUAGGUGGAAAAACUAAAACAUUUAUUGUUGCUACUAUUUCUCCAUCUUCUUUAUGUAUUGAUGAAACAUUAAGUACAUUGGAUUAUGUCUUUAGAGCUAAAAAUAUAAAAAAUCGUCCCGAAAUAAAUGUUAAAACAACUAGGCAAUUAAAAAUAAAAGAUCUAAAUAAUGAAAUUGAAAAAUUAAAAAAUGCUCUAAAUCUUAAUCGUGAAAAAAGAGGUGUCUAUCUUGAUAAUGAAGAAUAUAAUAAUAUUCAAAUUUCUCUUAAAAAAAAUAAAGAAGUUAUUUUAGAAAAAGAAAAAAUAUUAUUUGAAAAAAGUAAAAAAAUAAAAACGCUAUUAAAUAAAAUGGAUUAUUCUGAUGAUAUUCAAAAUCAAGUUAUUCAAUUUUUAAAACAUGUUCUUUUAAAAUAUAAAAAUAUUCAAUCAUUAUAUGAUAUAUUUAUUAAUAAAAUUAUUGAAGAAAAAUAUGUUAAUAAAUUUUUAAUUAACCAAUUUAAUAUUAUUAAAAAUUAUUAUUAUGAUAAUAUUUAUUUAUUUGAAGAAAAAUAUAAACAUAUUUCUGAAAUCGUUACUCAAAAUUUUGAUCAAAUUAAUAAUCAAAUAAAUAAUGAUAAUAUAUUUUUAAAUAACACAUGUAACAAUUCAUUACACAUAUUAUUACAAAUAAAAAAUAAUAUUGAAAAUAAUAAAAAUUUUUUUUUUAAAUCUAUUAAAGAAUUUGAGCAAUUAAAUAAUGAUUUACAUUCUAAAAAAAAUGAUAUCUUUAAUUUUUUUUUACAAAGUAUAGAUAUUAUUGAAAAGUUGGAUAAAAACACUUUAACUAUUUUUGAAAAUGUUAAAAAUAAAUUAUUAGAAUGUAAAAUAAAAUCGAAUACAACAAAAAGUCAUAAAAAUUGUUAUGAUCAUUUAUUAGUUGCUCAAAAUUUAUUAAAAAAUGAAAAUAUGACUAUUAAUGAUUUUUUUCUUUAUAUUAACAAAAACGUUGUCUUAGAUUCUGAUCACCCAGGUGAAAAUCAAAUUAAAAAAGAAAAUUCACAAAAUGAAGAAAAAAAGACAAAAGUGUGUACAAAAGAAGAGGGUGAUAAUGAAAAAAAUGAUGAAAAAAAUGAUGAAAAAAAUGAUGAUAAUAAUGAUGAUAACAAUAACAAUGAUGAUGGUGAUGAUGAUGAUGAUGAUGAUGAAACCAUGUCUGCUAUUUAUCAAAAAGAUUUAAAAAUGUUGGAAAAGCUCAUUUUCAAUGAAGAAGGCAUCGAAUUAGUAAAUAAAAUAUCAAAAGAUUUGUUCAAAGAAAAAUGUAAUAUUAAAAAUAUUGUUGAAUAUAUUAAAAAUAUAAGUGAAUUAUUUCAUCUUUUUUUAAAAUCAUCAAGUUUAUCUUUUAAAAAAAAUAUUAAAGAAAAAGAAGAAUUUUUUUUAAAAGAAGAAAAUAAAUUAAAAGAAAUAAUUCAAAAAUAUUAUGAACAAUAUAAUACAUAUGAAAUAAAAAUUAAUGAAAAAAAAAAUCAAAUUAUACAAAAUUAUAAAGAAAAAAUAAAGGAAGACGUUAAUAAUUUUGAACAAAAUGUUAUAAACGAAAUAAAAAAUGUAAUAAAUAAAAAUAUUACAGUUUUAAAUGAAAAAGUAAAUAAUAAAAUUGAAGAACUUAAUAAUAAAUUACAAGAACAGGUUAAUAUUAAUAAGCAUAAAGAAUUAUACACAAAUUCUGUAAAAUAUAUGGAAUCAUUUUUUAAUAAUUAUAAUAAAAAUUAUGAAAAUUAUGAUAAAGAAUAUGAUAAUUUAAUUAAUAAAUCUAAUAAUAAAAUAAAUCAAUAUAAUGAAUUGUUUCAAAAUGUUAUGUCUGAUAUAAAUUUACAAUUAAAAAAUAAUGAAAAUAAAAUUAAAAAAAAUAUAAUAAAUAUUAUUACUAUAUAUGAACACAUCAUAAAUAAUAAUAAUAAACAUGCUAAUCAAAUUAAUGAUUAUUUUGAUAAUUAUACAAAUAAAUAUUUAAUUGGAAAAGAACAACAUUAUAAAAAUGUGUCAAAUAAAAUUUUACAGGAAAAAUUAUAUUUUGAAAAUGCUCUAAAAAAAUAUCAUAUUUUUAUUAAAAAUAGUAAUGAACAUAUUUUAACAUAUAAUAAAGAAUUCCUUCAAAAUUUAAAUAAUUGUGAAGAAAAUAUAAAUCAAAUUGUAAAUAAAAUUAUAAAAGAAAAUCAUUUUCAAAAUUUAACAAACUUACCAGAUUCUAUAAUUGAAAACAAACUUGAAAUUCAAAAUCUAGAUGAAAAUAUUAAAAAUAUACGAAAUAAAAUUAAAAAUAACCAAACAAUUACAACUAUUGAUGAUAUAAAUAUGAUUAACACAAAAUAUAUAGAUGAUCAAAAUGCUGAUAAUUAUUUAGUCAUUAAAAAUUAUACUCUAAAAGAAUUAGAAAAUGAAGUUAAUUUGAAAAAUAUUGAUUUUAAAUCUUUAUUUGAAAAAAUAAAUGAUAAUUUUGAUUUUAUUAAUACAGAAAAUACAUCUCUUAAACGCGCAAUAUUGAGUGGCGAAUACAACAUAUGGAUGAAUAGUAGCGGAUCCACUACAAAGGAAUAUAAAGACAUUUCUUCAUUAAACCCUAGCACAACCACACUACACAAUUCAAGCGUGGUUAACACAACGAUUGGAAUAAAUAACGAAAAAACUAAAACAGAAAAUCAAAACAAAUUACAUGGAAAUAUAAAUGACAAAGAUUUCUCUCUUAAAUCUGAUGGUGAUAUUGAAAAAAAUAAUAUCAAACUAUUAAAAGACCAAACUAGAAAAAGAAAUAUAAUUACUGAUAAUGUGCAUGCUCAUUUGAAUACGCACAAUAAUAAUCGGAGUGGAAAUAAUAAUGAUAUUAGCAAUGAUAAUGGCAUAAAGUUGGCAACUAAAAUUGCAAAGUUAAACAGCGAAAAAAUAAACCCUGAAAAAUUUGCACCAAAUAAAAACUCACCAUUACUUAAGCGUUUUAAGGAUGAUUCCUACAAAAAUAAAAACAUAAAAUCGUUUCGAAAAUUAGAAGAUUAA